UAUAUACCAUAGAAAUAUCACUGACGUGUCCACAAAAAGUAUCACUUUGGCGAUUCAUGAUCAUUCUAGAUCAGUAUAAAAUUAAAAACAGAAGUGUUUGCAACAUAAGUGUAACUAGUGUUUUAAUUUAAAACGAAAGAAGAAAAUUAAAAUCAUGGCACCAACAUUAACGAGCUUUGUUAAUUCCUUCAACGCCAGACUAGAAGCACCGUUGAAACAACAUUUAAAAAAUGUCUACGGAUGCCUAUCAAUGUCGACGGUUUCAGCAGGCGUUGGAGCAUACGUUCAUAUGUACACAGAAAUUCUCCAGGCAGGAUUAAUGUCCACAUUGGGAGCGUUAGGUCUUCUUUUUGCUCUUCUUUGCACACCUGAUAAUGGAAAAAAUCAAAAAAUACGUCUCGGUUAUCUAUUGGGUUUCACAUUCUUGUCAGGAUUGGGAAUGGGACCCCUUUUGGAAGCUGUUAUUAGCGUGGACCCAAGUAUAGUCGUCACGUCUCUUUUGGCAACGUCACUUAUCUUUGUGUCAUUCAGCAUCUCAUCAUUAUUGGCCGAUAGAGGAAGCUGGCUAUAUCUUGGAGGACCUCUAAUUAGUUUGCUAAAUUUGACUGUUCUCUUCUCGUUUGUCAAUCUAUUCUUGAGAGUGGCAAUUCUCUAUCAAAUUCGCUUGUACUUGGGUCUGUUCAUAAUGUGUGGAUUUAUUCUCUACGACACGCAAUUGAUUGUCGAGAAGCACAGAAUGGGCAGCAAAGACUUUAUCAUGCACUCUCUCGAUCUUUUCAUUGACUUCAUCAAUGUUUUCCGUCAUCUUCUCGUUAUUCUUACGCAAAAAGAACAACAGAAUCGUAAGCGCAAAGACUAAGUUUUAAAACUAUGGACUGCCAUGUCGACGCAUUCAAAUAAAUCCAUAAUCUAGAGGUCUUCAUUUUAUCCUAUCCAUACUUAGGACAACAGUAUAAUACACAUUUAAAAAAAAAUAUAUAUAUAAUAUACAUACACAAGUAAUGUCUACGCCAGCAGUCCAUUAAAGAAGAGAAAAACAUAAAAAAAAAUAUAUAAUUUUAAUACGAUAAAAAAGAAAAGUGCGUAAUUGAAUUACACUAUAAUAUAAUUUAUGAUUAUCACUUUGAUAAAUUCAAAGCUCAUCAAUAUUUCGGGAGAGAGUGUACUUUUUUUUAUGAGCACAUUUUUCUUUUAUUUUGUUCCUUAUUUUUUUCCAUUUAUUAUUAUUAUUAUUUUUCUUUCUCGCUCAGAUUAGUCUAUAAAUUAUUGUCUAUAAAAUAUAUUUUUAUCUUUCAAUAAAAUGAAAUUUACCAGUUUUUCUUAAAA